AUGUUUGAUGAUCCACUCCCAACUCCUCAUGGAUUUUAUCAGUCCGGAGACCUUCUCAUCGGUGAGAUAGUUUCUCAAGUCUUCUUCCACUAUAAUACCCUCUCGUUCAUGGAACAGCCUUCACAGGAGAUGAUUGAUGAGCCUUUUUCAGUCCCAAAGAAUUAUCAGCACAUCCUGGCCUUAGCAUUUGCUGUCAAGGAGAUCAAUGAGAAUCCCAACAUUUUAUCAAAUAUUUCUUUAGGGUUCCACAUCCUCAAUAGCUAUUAUGCUGCCAGGAUGACUUAUAAGGUGACAAUGAACCUGCUUUCCACACAACAUGGGUUUAUCCCCAACUUCAAGUGUGACAAACAGAACAAUUUGAUAGCACUCAUUGGAGGGUGUAUCUCUGAAAUCUCUGCCAAUGUGGCCAUCCUUUCAGCAAUCCACAAGACUCCACAAAAUGGCAUCUGCCACGCCUUCACCAUAAGAAUACCAAACUGGAAUUAUGUGGAUGAGAUGAUAGACUAUGUUUUCCAGAACUGGAAAAAUUAUAUAGUUGUCUUUGAGAGAAACCCCAGUGUCCAUCACUUUCUGAGUAACCUAUCAUUCAACAACAGUGCAGGGGACACUGUGCGUUUUGAUGACAAUGGAGAAUUAGUUGCUGGUUUUGAUGUUACAAACUGGGUGAUGUUCCCCAAUGGCUCAGUGGUAAGAGUAAAAAUUGGAAGACUUGAACCCCAGGCUCCUCCGGAUAUGGACGCCUGUGUCAAAUGCCCAGAAGAUAAAUAUCCCAACAAUUACCAGACUCAAUGUAUUCCCAAGGUUUUAAGUUACCUCUCUUACAAAGAAAAUUUAGGGAUCAUAUUAGUUGUCUUGGCCAUUUUUUUCUCUUUGAUCACAGUUUUAGUACUCAGAACAUUCAUGAAGCACAAUAACACUCCCAUAGUCAAAGCCAACAACCAGACUCUGACCUACAUCCUCCUCAUCUCCCUCCACCUUUGUUUCCUCUGCUCUUUUCUCUUCAUUGGACAGCCUGGAAAGAUUAUUUGCCUCCUCCGACAAAUGACUUUUGGCAUCUUCUCUGUAGCUUUGUCCUCUAUCUUGGCAAAGACCAUCACCGUGGUUCUAGCAUUCAUGGCAACCAAACCAGGAUCUAGCAUGAGAAAAUGGGUUGGUAAAGACCUGGCAAAUUCUAUUGUCUUUUCCUGCUCCUUUAUCCAAGCUGCAAUUUGUAUUUUUUGGUUAAGUACUUCCCCACCAUUCCCAUAUAGGAACAUGGACUCACUGAAUGCGGAAAUCAUACUGGAAUGUAAGGAGGGAUCAGCUGCCAUGUUUUAUUGUGUCUUAGCCUAUAUGGGUUCCCUGGCCAUUCUCAGUUUCAUGGUAGCUUUUCUAGCCAGGAAGCUACCUGACAGUUUCAAUGAAGCCAAGUUCAUCACUUUCAGCAUGUUGGUGUUUUGCAGUGUUUGGCUGUCCUUUGUUCCAACCUACUUGAGCACCAAACGAAAAUACAUGGUGGCUGUGGAGAUCUUCUCCAUCUUGGCUUCCAGUGCUGGGUUACUGGGUUGCAUCUUUUCCCCUAAAUGCUACAUAAUUGUGUUGAGGCCUGAGCUGAACAACAGGGAGCAACUGAUAAUUAGAAAUAGAGAAAGAAAGUAA